CCGACCGUGUUGUGAAAAGCAGCAACGUGAGUGGAAGGGCAAGAAAGAAAGAAAAAAGCUGACGGCUGCCGUGCUGUUCUUUUUCGUUGCCUCGAUAAACUGCCAAAGUGGAUCAGUAAGUCGUCGGAUCCGAAACCAUUCGGAGCGCAUACGCAGGAAAAGACACAACAACAACAACCAGAAACAACAAAAAAAAUCGAUUGCUAAUCUACAAAAUCCAAUUGGUUGAUUCUUUAACUUCGGGAAAAAGGCGAAACAAAAUUUUUUUUUUCUCUUUCGGUUUGUUUCAAUUUUUCUAGUGGCCGUGUGUUUUUCUACGUGUCCUCCUCCCCAGUGUUUUAUCGAGUGAAAUAAUUAAACGGAGCAAAACGUUCAAAACGCAGAGAAAACAAACGAAAAACGGUGAGAUGUCGGUACGUAGGAAAUCAGCUGAUGUAGGGCCAGUGGCGCCGGCAGUUCCACGACAGCGACGCGGUUCCGAUCUAUCCGACAAGGUGGCCAUGUUCAAUAAAAAGUUCCACGAACAUCACGAGAAACAGCUGUCCAAUCCGUUCUCGGACGUCGAACGGCCCGAAGGCUACCAGAUCGCCAAACUGGACGUCAACGACCCCAAUUACGGCCGACCACCAGCCGGAUCCAUGACGGAAUUGAGAGGUAAAAAAGCCAACCAACACAUGAGGAAAGAAUGGCGGACACUGUGCGAAACGAUUUACGAUUGCGGCUACAGGUUUCCCGACGGUACGGCCAUCAUCCGCUUCGGUGAUCUCUUUAACAUCUACAACACGAUCUCGGACAAGUGCGUGGGCAACCUGCUGAGUGCACGCAAACACGGAUUCGUUUCCUUCCAAGGCGAAAUGCUUUACCAGAGGCGCGACGAAGACACGGAAAUCACAUUAGCCAAACCCAUCGAGGAGAUUGUGAAAUUACUGCCCAUUGUGUUCGAUCCCAAUCAACACCUGUUGGAUAACCUGCAAGAAUAACAAUCACAUGAUCAAUCUUUAUGGCCGGGGCAUAAACAGAUAAAAACAACUGGGGCAUUAUCAUUUCUAUACAUCUACUAUUUUAUAGUUUACACGUACGAUGAUACAUUAAGUAAAAAGGCCAAGUAAAGAAGAGAAUUUCAUUGAUUAUUAAACAAUAAAAAGAGGGGACGGACGGAUCAAUUGGGAGCAAUUGGGCGCGGGGAUUGCAAGUUAAAACAAUGAAUGAGAUAUAAUUCAAUGUGCCUGCUAUUUGCAAUUUAUUAUUUUUUUUUCUUUUUCCUUGCUUUUAUUGGGGUUUGUCUGCAAGUCUUUGGCGAAGGAAACAAAAUGUUUAACAAUCUUCUUUUCGAUAUUGUCAAAAUGCUGUUGAAAUUGUUAGGCAAAUCAUUUAUCCCCCCCCCCUCUGCCAAUCAAUUAAAAUGUUGCUGCCUUCCCAGACAUCCUCCAAUGAUUACGUCUCGAUAAUAUUUAAACAAAACAAAACAAAAAAAGUCCCUCCAACAGUCGUGUGCAGCAUGAAAGUCUCAUCCGCAAUGCUAAUAAUAAUAUAUUUUCCUGUAUACUUUGAUGCAAUCAUUAGGGCGCAUGGUGUCACAAAACACAACAAGCAAAAUAAAACAAGAAUGUGUGUAUAAAAAUUUUCAAAAGCCAAAUUCUUUGGGGGAAAAAAAAAAGACGACAUUGGGAAAUAAAAAUUAAAAAACAAAAAAA